AAGCAUUUUGAGGGCAGGGAAAUUAAGCAGAAUGCUCGGAACCUCUACUAAUUAUCCAUAGGCGCUUAGGAAUAGUGGUUUGUUUGUAAAGGCAUGGAGCAAACAAUAUCAACAACCCCGAAGCUAUUCGUUACAUCGAUCGUGGAAAAUAAGGAUGAAUUAGAGGAGAAAUACGAAAGAAGUUUUAAUACACUCCAGAACCUGAUAUCAGGGUUAUCAGAAAAAGAAGCCCAAAAUGCCCUGAACAAUGCUGUCUGCAAAGAUAAGAACCAUGAAGAAGUGUCACUUGGUCUUCUGUUUGUUAUUCUAACAGAACCGCAAAGUGCUGCCAAGAGCUAUCGAGAUCUUACCCUUAUCACCCGUGAUGGUCUCACUCUGGUUUUGAAUCAUUUAACACAGCUCAUUCUGGAGCGCUACCUGCGCCUUACUGAUACAGUACGGACUCAAGUAUUGUGGCUUGUAAGAGAAAUGAUUCGAAAUGCAGUCACAAAUGUAGAUAAUCUUUGCUGGAAUCUGAUGAGGCAUGCAGCAGGUGGUGAUGUCUCAUCACGGAACAUUAUGCUUGUUGAAGCAUUAUUGGAUAUCUACAAAGAAAACAGAUCUUGGUUAGACAAAUUCCCAGUGUUAAUUGCAUCUGUGGUGUAUGCUUAUUUACGCCUUAUUGAAGACCAUGCUGUCCCAGCAUUGACUCAAUUAAGACAUAAAGAAGUUGUCUUUGUGGUGACACUUAUCAGAGAACGUUUUGCGGAUUGCCUUGUAAUUGGCCGAGACUUUGUUAGACUUCUUCAGAAUGUAGCCCGUAUUCCCGAAUUUGAACAACUCUGGAGAGAUCUCCUUACAAAUCCAAAAUCUCUUUGUCCAACAUUCACAGGUGUAUUACAGUUGCUUCAGACACGAACAUCACGGAGGUUCCUGCAGUCCCGUCUUACGCCUGACAUGGAGAGAAAGUUGGUGUUUCUCACAUCCCAAGUUCGCUUCGGAUAUCAUAAACGUUACCAAGAAUGGUUCCAGAGACAGUAUUUGGCCACACCUGAGUCACAGUCUCUUCGCUGUGACUUGAUCCGUUUUAUCGUUGGGGUAAUUCAUCCAACAAAUGAAUUGCUUUGUUCGGAUAUCAUCCCUCGAUGGGCAGUUAUUGGUUGGCUUCUAACAACAUGCACUUCAAGUGUAGCUGCAUCCAAUGCAAAACUGGCACUUUUCUAUGACUGGUUGUUCUUUGAGGCUGAUAAGGAUAACAUCAUGAACAUAGAACCAGCCAUUCUUGUUAUGCAUCAUUCAAUGCGAUCACAUCCAGCUGUCACAGCCACAUUACUUGAUUUUUUAUGCAGAAUCAUUCCAAAUUUUUACCCUUUGUUAGCUGACAAAGUCCGUGCUGGGAUUUUUUCAUCUCUUCGUCAAAUUUUGGAAAAAAGAGUGUUACCAACUUUGUUCCCUCUUUUUGACAAUCCAAAACUUGACCGAGAGCUGAGAGCAAUGGUCAGGGAAGCAUUCAAGGAAUUCUGCCUCCCACCAACAACAGAAGGUAAAGAUGAUUUCAACUCUGGGAUUCAUAUGAACACAAAGGAAGAACCAACAGAGCAAAUGUUAGAUGGCCAAGAGAACCAUACGCCUUCCAAUAAUCAUCUCGGUGAUUCAGAACCAACAUUCAGCGAUGAUGAGGAAGAAACAGCAGCUCCAACACUUACCCCCAUCCCACGAAGUACGGAGGAUGAGGAGGAUGAUGAUGACAUUCCACUAGGUGAUGCAAGAACAAAAGUGAGAUUAAAGGAGAAACCUGCUGUGGCUGAAGGAAAACUGCAGGAGAGUGAAUUGGAUAUAGUACAACAAUUAGAAGGAGAAAUACGGGUCGCUGUAGAAACAUUGCAUCUAGAACGAGACAAUGAAGCGAAAUGCCAAGCUAUGGAAAGGUUGGUACAAUUAGUCAUUCAAGAAGAAGAUAUGGACGCUGAAGUCAUUUCUCUGUUGGGCUCAUGUCUCUGCACUGUUUUAAAAGAGCAAUUGGAAGGAAAAGUCUUUCCUGUAGAUGUUAAUGAUGAAACACUUGAGGACAGUAUAGGUCGCCCAUUGUUUGUUAUGUUGCGCAAUGUAGUACAGCUGCCAGAGGGUGAUCCACGUAGGCACCCUAUUUUAUCUGUCCUGGCAGAAAUGUCGAGCCACCAGCCAAGAGUGGGCUAUCUACUUCUGUAUUUUCUUAAGGCUUGUAAAUUAAAUGAUGGAAAGUCAUCAGCGUACUGUGAAUUCUGUCAAGCACUGGACAAGGAAUUAGAAAGUUGCUUGCUUACUGACUUGGAGCUCUGCCAGGAAGAUGACGUGAACUUGUUUUGCUGGCUUGUACCUGAAGUAUACAUUCAGUUCCCAUCAGUUGCAAUUGGUCAUGCCCAACUCCUGCACUUGGUUGUAUCAACAGUGGAUGCAGCCCAGUUACAAGACUUGGUGUGUCACAUUCUACAAGGACGCCUUGUUAUGUUCCGUUCGGACUCCUUCCGAGCGCUUUUAUCAGCCAGUCUAUCGUGGGAAACGUUUGAACAGUAUUUCCUUUGGCAGUUAGUCACAGCUCAUGGAAUUCCUAUAGACUAUGUUUUACCAAUUUUGCCAAGGUUGGAAUUUUCAAGUCAUGCAGAAGCCCUGACAUCGAUCUUGCUCAUGUUGAAACAGGAAAGACCUACAGCUGAGCUUCUGAAACAUCUACUGUCUCGUGAAGUACGACCUCCACAGGAUGUGUUUGUGGUUUCUGCACUUAAGUACUGGUGUCAAGAACAUGAAGAAAAGUUGGGAGAGUUAGUGGCCAAUCUCUUAAGUAGUCGGUACCCAAAUACCUCCCCAAAUAAACGAAAACGUGGUGGUGGUGGAGCGAACAGAGCUGGUUUGGGGGCAGGAGCUGGUCCUCCUAGUGCUGAGCAAGUGCUUGGACAUCUAGACCAGUUAAGACAAUGUUGUCGACAGAAUAAUUUCCACCUUUAUAGCUUAGACUCCAUGCAAAGGGCACUACAACAGGCUCAGAGUUUAUGCACAGACGUUCAGCGGAAGAAGUUUAGUGAUUUAUUUGCUCUAGCUGAGGUGGAUGAAGUGGAAACUGCCGCACCAAAGCCUUCAGGUGGCAGUAAAGUGAGUGCAGCUGGGAGGGGAAGGAAAGGGGUUUCCAGCAAUAGUAGCACUGGUGGGGGAAGCAAAGCAGCAGCUGCCAGCAAAAGUAGAGCAGCCACAAAAGAAGUAUCAGAGAGUUCAGAAGAAAGCAGUGAAGAAGAAGAAAUAGUGAAACCCAGACAUUCAAAGAAGAGGAAAAAGGUGAAUCCUGUUGGCUCAGACAGUGAUUGACCCACCAUCAGUGUGAAUUGUGGCAAUAUACAUUGGGGAUAUGUUGGCACCGUCUUUGCCACAUUUUAUACCACGAGCUUUUUAUACAUUCUUCAGUGAAACACGUCACAAGAAACAUAAUCAGAUUACUAUAAUUUUGGAAAUUGGAGGAAAGUUUUGAAAGUAAUUUCAGAGUUAAGCAAAUUACAUUGCUGAAAUGCAAAGUGGUCAAGUUAUCCAUCAUAUUCUGUUACUUUAAUAGGAACUUGAUUUUUGAGUAAUAGUUGUUCGUUGUUAAGAAGAUAUUACAUAGCUGCGGUAUUUUAAGAGGAACUCUUUCAUACACUAAAAGAAUAUGGAUUUUGGAAUAAUAUUAACUGGUAUUCCCAGUUCAUGUUUUGAAUCCAUAUGUUUGUUGUAAAUGGCAUCCCACAUUGGGAAUUUGAAUGGAUAAGAAUGUUGUGUGUGUAUGUAUGUACGUUUGUAAUAUAUUAUGUUGUGUUUGUUUUGAAUGAUUGUACUGUGUCUUACUGCCCACACAGUAAAUUGCAUCUCAUUGGCUUUAACCACCAAUAAUCCUUGUAAAAUCUUUGUUUUGUGGGAUUAUAGUUUAAAAUAGUUUACAAGGAUUUCUUAAUCUUGUACACAUAUUUCUUGUAAAUAAAUGCACAGAAACUUUUGUACAUUUCCUAGCAUAAUAUAUGUGAAUAUUAUGUUUUUUAAAUUAAAACAUGAAAUUGGA